GAAGAAGAGGAGGAAGAGGAAGAACUAUGGUAGCUCAUAACGAUCGAGCAAAUCCAUCAGAAACCGUAGCAUGUUAUUCAUCAUCAAUGAUAUACAUUUUCCUUUUGAUGGCAUUUAACAUUUUCGGGACAAUCUAUAGAGCGUAUAUUCACGAGCAAUAUUCGCUCUUACCUUUCAUCUUAUUCGUAUAUAUCGCCUUCUUUUUACUAGUGUACUUUUCGCAUGUAUAUCGUGGUUUUUCAUCGAAGGAAAAGUCAUUGCAUAAGGAC